GAACAGACCGACUGACUGGAGGUCUGCUGCGGACUUAAUCGGAGAAGCACACACUGAAUUAAGGAGAAAAAAAAGUUGCUUCUAACUACCCAUACGGCCGACACAGAACACAGAGAGACACCUCUGGAGUUUCUAAAGCCCAGCCGUUCCCCACAAGUCGGACAUGAGGUGCCCUCCAGGCCUGGGUCGCUGAGCAGCUGAGGUCAAGGUUAAAGUGCUUGUUCCGGCAGUCAUGGCUGACAAGGACGGGCCGCCCAUCGCCCCGGGCCAGGUCUACAUUGAGGUGGAGUACGACUAUGAGUACAAGGCCAAAGACAAGAUGGUGGCCAUCCGCCAGGGGGAGUGCUACAUGCUGGUGAAGAAGACUAAUGAGGACUGGUGGCAGGUGAGGAAGGAGGAGGGCACAAAGGCCUUUUAUGUGCCGGCGCAGUACGUCAGGGAGGUUCGCCGGGCGCUCAUGCCCCCUCAGAAGCCCACCUUAAGGGCCAAGCCCACCGUUUUGGAUAUCCGCCGGGCAUCCGAUGAAAACCUCAACCGACCCCAACCGGAAAUGUCCAGCUUUGGGCGUCCGUCGCCUUCCUCCACCCCCUCGCCGUCCUCGGAUCGUGUCUCCCCGCCGGCUCUGUCCAAGGAUGCUAACCAGAACCUGGGGAGUCCCCAUCACUGCAAGAUGGUAGCUGAACUGGUGCUACUUCACAACAACAACAACCACCACCACGCCAAUAAUUCAACGUUGCCAAGGACACGGGCAGACUCGCCUCCGCUCAAAGUAGGGAACAACCACAACAAAAGUCCAGAUAGUGACAAGACCUCCCCUAUGAGCAACCCGCCAGGAGAUAGGCUGAACAAGCUCCACAACGACUCAGAGUCUGGGGAUGAGCUGAGCAGCAGCUCCACAGAACUCAUGCAGGCUGCAGCAGCCUCCUCCACCAUGGAGGGAACAAAGAGAGACGGGCUUGAAUAG